GACGAGAUGGAGUCGUCCCACCGCAGUUUUAGAUGUUUGUUUUUCUUUUGCGCUUUUAUUUUAGUGGAAAAAAUUCAUGGAAAUACCCUGCGAAGGCAAAAUCCCUUCAAUUUUGAGCAAGAUUAUGACGAACCGACUUGUGGCUAUGAGCAAUGUAACUUGGGUCAGCCGGAUAUGAUAAAUGUGCACCUUGUUCCUCACACCCAUGACGAUGCUGGAUGGCUGCAGACUGUUGAUGGAUACUAUUAUAACACUGUGCAGUACAUUUUGGACACUGUCAAUUUUGAAUUGCAUGCUGAUCCAACAAAGAAAUUUAUUUAUGUAGAGAUGGCUUUUUUCUACAGAUGGUGGAAUGAGUUAUCUGAUCAUAUGAGACAUGCCAUUAAAAGAACUGUUGACAAAGGUCAGUUAGAGUUCAUAUUGGGAGGUUGGAGCAUGAACGAUGAGGCUUGCACUCAUUACUCAUCCAUCAUCGACCAGCACACCAUCGGUUUCAAAUUUCUUCUUGACACUUUUGGAAAAUGUGGAAUACCAAAAAUUGGCUGGCAAAUUGAUCCUUUUGGUCAUUCCAGAGAACAGGCUUCCAUCUUUGCCCAGUUUGGAUUUGAUGGCUUGUUUUUUGCACGAAUUGAUUACCAAGAUUAUGGCGAGAGAAUAAAAACAAAGACAUUAGAACACAUGUGGUUUGCCAGUCCAACUUUAGGUGAUCAGGCCUCGUUGUUUACUGGGGCUCUUUAUGGUAUGAGCUACUCUCCACCACCUGGCUACUGUUUCGAAUGUGGAGACUCACCAGUCAGGGACGAUCCCCGCCUGGAUGAUUACAAUGCAGAUCAGAAAUUAGCCAAGUUUCUCUCAGACGCCAAAGAACAGGCAAAAUAUUUCACAACCAAUCACAUCAUUUGGACAAUGGGCUCAGAUUUUCACUAUUCAAAUGCCAGGAUCAACUUUAAAAACAUUGACAAGCUCAUUAAGAUGGUCAACGCUCAGCAAUCCAACGGUAGCAAAGUGAACGCCAUCUACUCAACUCCAUCCUGUUACUUGUAUGCUCUCAACAAGGCCAACCUCACGUACACUUCCAAGAAGGAUGAUUUCUUCCCAUAUGCACAUAGGAGCCACACAUUUUGGACUGGAUAUUUCACCAGCAGAUCAAAUUUGAAGGGCUAUGAAAGAACCGCCAACAAUAUUUUGCAAGUGUGCAAGCAACUGUCUGCACUGGCACAACUUGAUGACGAACACUCCUCCCAGUUCAAGAUGAACUUUCUAAAACAGUCCAUGGGAGUUCUGCAGCAUCACGACGCAGUCACUGGCACAUCCAAGCAAUACGUGGCUUACAAUUAUGCCAAGAUGCUAUCUACUGGAAUCAAGGAAUGUCAGGAUGUCAUGAAAGUGUCGAUAUCCAAACUCAUGAACAAGUCAGUCAUGGAUCCAAUUGAAGAUUUCCAGUUUUGUAAUCUGAUGAAUGUUUCCAGCUGUAAAUUUACUGAGACCAACCAAAAUUUUGCAGUAGUGGUGUACAACCCAUUCAGUCAGAUGGUUGGACAGUAUAUAAAGCUUCCGGUUACUUCAAACCAGUUAACAGUUUUUGAUGAUAAGCUCAUGAAGUUGGAUGUUCAGUUUGUUCCUGUCAGUUCUGAGACAAAGAAGCUGGCAGAGUUUCAGGGGAGCGCUUCACAGUUUGAACUCGUGUUUCCAGUUCAAGUGCCUCCUCUUGGAUAUGCUACUUAUUUCGUCAAUAAAUCAAAAAAAGCAAUGGAUACUCUUGAAUCAAAAUCACGAUCAGAUGGCGGCCACAUCGAGGGGGAAAGUGGAAGUGGUCAACUUGAUGCCAAUACAUUGGAGAAUGAAUACUUGAAACUGACCUUUGAUAAUAAGACCGGCUUGCUAUCAUCAAUUAUGAACAAGGAGCGUAAACUUGAGAUAAAUGCAGUGCAGUCUUUGAAGUACUACUUGUCCAUGGCAGGUGACAAUUGGAAUGGCAGCAGGCAGGCAUCUGGUGCAUACAUCUUCAGACCAGAUGGUGAUGUCCAAGAUUUUAGCAAAUUUGGCAAGACUAAGCUCACCAUUUUUAAUGGUAAUCUGGUCAGUGAGGCACGUCAGGUUUUUAGUGAUUGGGCAUCACAGGUUAUCAGGUUGUAUAAGGGAGCAAACCAUUUUGAAAUUGAAUGGACAGUUGGACCAAUCCCUGAUAAUGACAGGGUAGGCAAGGAAGUGAUAUCAUCAUUUGAGACGUCUAUCAAGAGCGAGGACGUUUUCUACACUGAUGCCAAUGGAAGAGAAAUGUUGAAGAGAGUUCGAAAUUACCGACCGACAUGGAACUUUGAAAACACGGAGCCGGUAUCAGGCAACUACUUCCCCGUCAACAGCAGGAUAUAUAUUCAGGACCCAAGCAAGAACAUUCAGCUGACAGUCCUUAACGAUCGGUCGCAAGGUGGAGCCAGCCUGAAGGAAGGACAUUUGGAACUC